UACCGACCAACCAACUGGCCGGCUGGCCGGAGCCAGGGUAGGGUCACGGGCAUCUACGUCCCAGGAGGGUCAUGACCUCGCCGCUUUGGGCUUCGGGACGCGUCCUCGCAGCUUGUCUAACCCCGCCGGGAGCCUCGGGGCCGAGGUGCGUCAGGUGGCGAGGGUGCCAGGCGCGGCCAAGUCGCGGCGGACUGAGUCAGCCACCCAACUAUGCUGUGGAACCCGGGAGGCCGGCUCGGCUGCCCGGAUCGCUGAGCCCCGCUGCCCCCACGCCAGGCGCCUCUCCCCGCCCCCGCUGGCCGGGAGGAAGCUGCCGAGGCGCGGCGCCGAAGCACCUGGGCAGGGCGCGGGCGGCGGGCGCGGCGCUUCCGGAGCUGCGCGCAGGUCCGCGCUCCCCGCCUCCAGGUGCGGCGGCCGCGGCGUGCCGGCCGGAGUGACAGCGCCGCCCGCGCGGCCGCCUCCUGGAAGCAGACGGCGUGCGGGCAGCUGGCGGGGACAGGGAAGGAGGAGGCCCCGCGCCUGGGGCAGACGGGUGAGGACCUAUCGAACCGGCUGGGAGAGACGCCGGCGCUUCGUCGCGCCUCCCAGGUCCGCUGCCCGCGCGCAGGGCGAGUCCCGAGGGCCGCAGGGAACUGGUCGGCGGGGCCGCGACCGGCGCGGGAGGACCGUCUCGGGCUGAGCCGGGGCUUUCCGGCACCUUUCCGGGUAAAUUUCCAGAGCGCCAAGUGUUCGGCUCCGGUUUCUGCCCCUUGGAUUUCGCUCCCGCAUGUGGGCGUCUAAAAGGAAACCAGAAGUGGUCCUGUGGGGUAGGCAUUAUUGCUUACAGAUCACUGCUUCCAGAUGACAACAGUGACAACAGUGCAACUCAGAAAAAUAAAGGAACUUUCCGAAGUUUAUGCAGGCGUCACAUGGCAGAGCUGGGAUCACUGGUCAUCACUGUGCUUGUCCCAAGUCAAAAGUCUUCAGGCUUAAGUACAUAAAGCAUUCACUGUGCAGAAAAUAACAUUUUGAGAUAAGUGAUAGAGGAAAAUCCAAUACAGAAGUGCACCCUCUUGUGUGUGUAUUGCAUUGUACUGCUUCUAUCAUAUUGCCUAGUAAUGAAGCCACCAUUAUGUCCUCAGUCAGUGAAGUGAAUGUUGAUAUCAAAGAUUUCCUAAUGAGCAUUAAUUUGGAGCAGUACCUCUUACGCUUCCGUGAAUUUGGUUUUAAUAAUGUAAGGGACUGUGCAGAAAUAAAUGACAGCGUGCUCCUCAAAGUUGGAAUAUCACCUACAGGACACCGGAGGAGGAUACUUAAACAGUUACAGAUAAUCCUGUCAAAAAUGCAAGAUACCUCAAUAUAUGCAAAUGUUCAUAAAACAAAGAAGAAUCAUGAGACUUCAGAGGAUCACCACGCUCCAUCUUCUGCUCAGAAUACCUGCCUAGAACUUUCAGAUUCACGCAGUGUUCAGACACCCAGCCCAACGCAGUUGGAGACUGUUACAAAAAGUCUUGAUCAAAAUGAAGUUAGUGUGGAAAAUAGCCAGUCUUUUAAAUCAGAUGAUAAGCUGACUCUUCCUACAUACAACUUUCCCAUUCCGGAAGAAGAACCACACCUGAAUUCAGAUUCUUUUCAAGAUUCUUUAUUGGGUAGUGAAAUUACUGACGUAGAAUCUUUGACUGCACAAAAGACUAUCGACUGUACAACCGAAGAGGAACAAACAAAAAAGGUUGAUUUGAUCUCAGAAAAUGUGAGCAAGCUUCCUAGUGCAGACCCUGAAUUCCUUUCUUCACCUGACUGUUCAGUAUCAGAAGCAAAUUCUGGAAAUGGAACUAAUGGUUUAUUAGAAAGCUCACCACCAUCCCCAUUCUUUCAAUUUCAAGGAGAAAUGGUUGUAAAUGAUUUGUAUGUUCCGUCAUCGCCAGUCCUAACACCUAUGAGAAGUCAUAGCAAGUUGGUUUCAAGACCAUCUCGAUCUUUUCUGCUAAGACAUCGGCCUGUACCAGAGAUUCCAGGGUCAGCAAAAGGAAUUUCAGGGAGCUAUUUCCGUGAGAGAAGAAAUGUUCCCACCUCAACUGGAAAAUCUAUGACACAACAAAAUACGAAUGAGGAGAAUUCAUCUUCCAUUUUCCCUUAUGGAGAGACCUUUCUCUUCCAGAGACUAGAAAAUUCCAAGAAGAGAUCCAUAAAGAAUGAAUUUUGGACCCAGGAAGAAACACUCAAAGGGGAAACUGAAAGAAACUCAUUUUUUGUCAAAUCAAGCAUAUAUGAUAACAGGAUGCAGAACGUAAGUGAAGAAAAAGUAGAAGAUAUUUGGAUACCUCGAGAGGACAAAAACAAUCUUCCUAUAGACUCUGCUUCGGAAUCAGAAUAUUCAACAGUAGAAGAAUGCUUUCACAGUUUAAGAAGAAAACAUGCAAAGCCAUCUAAAUCUAGGACUCAAAAAGCAGUGAAUUUGGUCCCUGUUAAUAGGCACAGUUAUCCACUAAGCUCAACAAGUGGAAAGGCUGAUUCAUCAAUCAUUUCCUCAAAUGUAAUAUCUCCCUAUGCCUGUUUUUAUGGAUCAUCUGCAAGAAAGGUUAAAUCAGGAUGGCUUGACAAACUCUGUCCCCAAGGAAAACGCAUGUUUCAGAAGAGAUGGGUGAAAUUUGAUGGCCUUAGCAUUUCUUAUUACAAUAACGAUAAGGAGAAGUAUUCAAAAGGAAUAAUUCCCCUUUCUGCUAUAUCUACGGUACGAGUUCAAGGAGACAACAAAUUUGAAGUUGUUACAACACAAAGAACUUUUGUUUUUAGAGUAGAAAAAGAAGAGGAGAGAAAUGACUGGAUCAGCAUCCUGUUAAAUGCACUGAAGUUACAGGCCCUUUCCUCGCAGUCUCAAGGAGCUGUUGCACCUGAGAAAUGUGGAUAUCUUGAACUGAGAGGCUAUAAAGCUAAAAUUUUUACUGUGUUAAGUGGAAACAGUGUGUGGCUUUGCAAAAAUGAACAGGAUUUUAAGAGUGGACUUGGUAUUACCAUAAUUCCUAUGAAUGUAGCAAAUGUAAAGCAAGUGGACCGAACUGUGAAACAGUCUUUUGAAAUAAUCACUCCCUAUAGGAGUUUUAGCUUUACGGCCGAGUCUGAAAAAGAGAAACAAGAGUGGAUUGAAGCUGUGCAGCAAUCGAUAGCAGAAACUCUCUCUGAUUAUGAAGUAGCUGAGAAGAUUUGGUUCAAUGAGUCCAACAGGAGCUGUGCAGAUUGUAAAGCCCCAAAUCCUGACUGGGCAUCCAUCAAUCUCUGUGUUGUCAUCUGUAAGAAGUGUGCAGGGCAACAUAGAUCUUUAGGACCAAAAGAUUCCAAGGUUAGAAGUCUGAAAAUGGAUGCCAGCAUUUGGAGCAAUGAACUCAUUGAGCUUUUUAUUGUCAUUGGAAACAAAAGAGCUAAUGACUUUUGGGCCGGUAGUCUUCAAAAAGAUGAAGAAUUACACGUGGACUCUCCAGUAGAAAAGAGAAAAAACUUUAUCACUCAGAAAUACAAAGAAGGAAGAUUCAGAAAAACCCUUUGGGCAUCUCUUACCAAGGAAGAAUUAAAUAAGGCUCUGUGUGCUGCUGUGGUGAAACCAGAUGUUCUGGAAACAAUGGCUUUGCUGUUCAGUGGAGCAGAUGUCAUGUGUGCAACAGGUGACCCUGAGCAUAGCACCCCAUAUCUGCUGGCCAAGAAGGCGGGGCAGAGUCUGCAAAUGGAAUUUCUCUACCAUAACAAAUUCUCAGAUUUCCCUCAACAUGACAUACAUGCUGAAGGUGGAUUAAGUCAAGAGUCCUCCCAGUCGACGUUCCUCUGUGACUUUUUGUAUCAGGCUCCUGCUGCAGCUUCUAAACUCUCUUCAGAAAAAAAACUCCUUGAAGAGACAAAUAAAAAGUGGUGUGUUCUGGAAGGAGGCUUCUUGAGUUACUAUGAAAAUGAUAAGUCUACCACGCCUAAUGGCACCAUUAAUACCAAUGAAGUUAUCUGCCUGGCUGUACACAAAGAAGACUUCUGUUUAAAUACUGGGCCCAUCUUUACCUUCGAGAUCUAUUUACCCUCAGAACGUGCAUUUUUAUUUGGAGCUGAAACAUCUCAAGCACAAAGAAAAUGGACAGAAGCAAUAGCCAAGCAUUUUGUUCCCUUUGUUGCUGAAAACUUAACAGAAGCUGACUAUGAUUUGAUUGGUCAACUCUACUACAAAGACUGCCAUGCCCUGGAUCAGUGGAGAAAAGGCUGGUUUGCUAUGGACAAAUCUAGUUUGCGUUUUUGCCUUCAAAUGCAAGAAGGUCAGGAGGAUAGAAUGCACUUAAGAAGACUGCAAGAACUAACAAUUAGCACAGUACUUCAAAAUGGGGAAAAAUUGGAUGUCUUGCUCUUGGUAGAAAAAGGGAGAACAUUAUACAUCCAUGGGCAUACCAAGUUGGAUUUCACAGUCUGGCAUACUGCAAUUGCAAAAGCAGCAGGUACAGAUGGGAAUGCAUUACAAGAUCAGCAGCUCAGCAAAAAUGACGUUCCCAUUAUCGUGAACAGCUGUAUAGCAUUUGUUACACAGUAUGGUUUAGGGUGCAAAUAUAUCUAUCAAAAGAAUGGUGAUCCUUUACAUGUAAGUGAACUCCUGGAGAGUUUCAAAAAGGAUGCAAGAAGCUUUAAAUUGAUGGCUGGAAAACAUCAGCUUGAAGAUGUGACGGGCGUGUUGAAGAGUUUUCUCUCUGACAUUGACGACGCACUUCUUACUAAGGAGCUCUAUCCAUAUUGGAUCUCUGCCUUAGAUACCCAAGAUGACAAGGAAAGAAUUAAAAAAUAUGGAGCAUUUAUACGUACUCUUCCUGGGGUCAACAGAGCAACAUUGGCAGCUAUAAUUGAACACCUUUAUAGGGUUCAGAAAUGCUCAGAAAUCAAUCACAUGAACGCCCACAAUUUGGCCUUGGUUUUUUCCUCCUGUUUGUUUCAAACUAAGGGACAAACUAGUGAAGAAGUGAAUGUAAUUGAGGACUUAAUUAAUAAUUAUGUUGAAAUAUUUGAGGUUAAAGAAGACCAAGUCAAACAAAUGGACAUAGAAAAUAGCUUUAUUACCAAGUGGAAAGACACUCAAGUUUCCCAGGCUGGAGAUUUGUUAAUUGAAGUAUAUGUAGAAAGGAAGGAACCUGACUGCAGUAUUAUAAUUCGGAUAUCUCCCGUGAUGGAAGCAGAAGAAUUAACUAAUGACAUAUUAGCAAUAAAAAAUAUAAUUCCUACAAAAGAUGAUAUCUGGGCCACAUUUGAAGUCAUAGAAAAUGAAGAGCUUGAGCGCCCUCUUCACUACACAGAAAAUGUGUUGGAACAGGUGCUUCGGUGGAGUUCAUUAGCUGAACCUGGAUCUGCUUAUCUUGUGGUGAAGAGAUUCUUAACCAUUGACACAGUUAAACACUAUAAUGAGAGGAAGGCCCUGGAAAGUAUCAAAGAGGGAGUCUUGAAAAUCAAAGAAGAACCAUCUAAAAUACUCUCUGGAAAUAAGUUUCAAGACCGGUAUUUUGUUUUACGAGACGGGUAUCUCUUUCUUUACAAGGAUAUGAAGAGUAGUAAACCUGACAAAAUGUUUUCUCUCAGUUCAAUGAAGUUUUAUCUUGGAGUAAAAAAGAAGAUGAAGCCUCCAACAAGUUGGGGAUUGACGGCAUAUUCUGAAAAACAUCUCUGGCACCUGUGUUGUGAUAGUUCACAAACUCAGAUGGAGUGGAUGGCCAAUGUCUUUAUCGCCCAGCAUGAAAGUGAUAUAUGGCCACCAGCUGGAAAGGAACGAAAACGUUCUAUAACCAAAACUCCCAAAAUUGGAGGUUUGCCUCUAAUUCCCAUCCAGCAUGAGAAAAAUGCAACCCAAGCCUGGAGAGAUAUUGAGAGUGCAAAAGCAGAACUCGAAAGGCUACGGCUCAGUGCAAAGCAUGACCAAGAGCCUGGGGAUGGCACCUUAAGGGAGAGAGCCUCCAUCGUGGCCCAGUGCCUGGAGCACAAGGAUGAGAAACUUCGAAAUCGAACCAGAAAACAUUGGAGUUUCAACUGUCUGGAGGACACAGAGGCUGAGGUCCUUCAAGGGCAACAGAAAGGCCAGAAAGGCCUAAAGACACUGAGGAAGACUGAGGACAGGAAUGGCAAAGCUACUGUGGACUCUAAUAAUAAGUUACCACCAAAGGUCAUCGAAGAGCUUAGUGUGGUUCUACAGCGGGCAAGAACCCUUCCAAAAGAGUCACAGCCUGAGUAGAUGGUGUAAAAAUAAAUAAAAUGACUUGUCUUGCAAAUUAUUUUUUUAAAUAUUGUGUACAAUGUAUGUGUGCAAACCAGAAACCAAAAUAUAUUUCAUGGUUGGUGAGAUUUGUCUAGCUAUCCUUAACCAUUUAAAGAGCAUUUUAAACUAUGUAUGUAUAUAUAAGUGUAAAUUCACUGUGUUUUGUUCUGAACAAAGCCUGUACAGUUCAGCUAUAUUAACCUUGUGUAGGAAGGCAUUGGGUUACUUUGAGUGGCCAACCUUUUGAAGUACAGUUGACCCUUGAACAACAUGGGCAAGGGUUGGUGUGUUAAUCCAUGCAUAAUUUGUAGUCAACCCCCUCCCCUGUAUACAAAAUUCCUCUGCAUUUGUGGACUGAACUAACUGUGGAUCAUGUAGUGCUGUAGGAUUCACUAUCAAAAGAUGUCCAUGUAUAAGUGGACCCAUGGCGGUUCAAACCCACAUUGUUCAAGGGUCAACUGUAGUUGUCUAAGUGGUGUAAAUUUGUGAACAGAAAUCGCAAACUGUACUGUAUUGUAUAGAAUGCUCUGUAUAAAUGAAGCCUAUGAAAUUAUAUGUAACACAUUUUGCACUUUGAGAAACCUUGUAUAUAAAGUUACCAUAUGUUUUUAGGUUUACACAGGGCCAACCUUAGGGGAAAAAAAGGAAGUAAGUUGAAAAGGGGGAGGAUUUAUUUUAGUGGCUGCCUAUCAAACCACACUUUAAAAGAGGCAAAGAGGGGGCUUCCCUGGUGGCGCAGUGGUUGAGAAUCUGCCUAUCGAUGCAUGGGAUACGGGUUCGAACCCUGGUCUGUGAAAAUCCCACAUGCCAUAGAGCAACUGGGCCUGUGAGCCACAACUACUGAGCCUGUGCAUCUGGAACCUGUGCUCUGCAACAAGAGAGGCCACAAUAGUGAGAGGUCCGCACACCGCGAUGAAGAGUGGCCCCCGCUUGCCACAACUGGAGAAAGCCCUCGCACAGAAACGAAGACCCAACACAGCCAAAAGUAAAUAAAUAAACCAAUGAACCGACAUUUAAAAAAAAAAAGAGGCAGAGUUAAAAAUGUCCUAAAAGUCAAGGAGGUCAGGUUGAGAUUCAUUCUAGUUCACUGUUGACCAGACCUUGUUCACGAGAAACUGCUUGUUAAGAAAAAAGUCUAGUGACUAAGUAUUUCCCAGGAUUAGUAUUCAGCCACUAAACAUGAAUAAUGGCACUGGCCACUCUUCCUUACAGUGUCAGUGAAUCAGCUGCAGUGCAAAUCCAUUCACUACACUUCAGUUCUUUGCAGGUGGCUGCUGAGAGGAAACUUAUACUGCAUUGAAGAGAUUGUGUGCACAGGACCUGGCAUGGAUGACACUUGCACUGUUGCUGUGUACAAACAAUUUUUGGUUGUUUUUUAUUUAGAGUUCCUUACUAUCAUUUUGGAAUGAGCAACAUUCAUCAUCACAGGGUUUUAUUGUUGGUUUAUUGUUUUUCUUUGCAUGUUCAUUUCUUAUUAGGUAAGACUGAGUCAGAAUUUACUGGAAGUGUACAACAUAUGGCCACCUGGGGGUAGGAGUUAGAUCAACAAUUGAUACUAUACUUCUGGGGGCUACCACUUCACUUUUAACCUUGUCUUUUUUUUUUUUUUUUUAAUAAAGCAGCAGUCUCCUCCCUGUGCCUGAUGAAUAAUGACAAAGCCCUCUAUUUUUGUUUCCACAUAAAGAGCACCUACUGAGUUAUUUUCCUCACAGACAAUACUAUCUAGUUAUAGGUGACAUUAGGGGUAGCACUUUUUGUCAGUUUCUUUAGAAUUUUAUUAGGUCUGGUGAGUUUUGAUCAAAAUUAUUUUGAUCAAAAUUAUUUUAGGUAGCCAAGCUUCAUUCCUAGCUUUAUUCCACUUGCACUCAGUGCAAGUGGCAUCCAUGCAAGGUCCUGUGCACACAGUCUCUUCAAUGUAGUGUAAGUUUCCAUUUCCUUUUCUCCCUGCUUUUCAGGUGUCUUAUCAGAAUUUGUAUACAGAGGCCCAUACUUCAGUCAGUCCAAUCAUAGUGCAGUAUAACACUGUUUAAUGCUAUGAAUUUCUUCAUUGAAAAAUACUGAUCACUUAUAUAUGGUGGUGAUAAAAUAGUUUACCAUGGGGGUGUGAUAUUUAUUCUUUAAAUCCACAUAGAUUGGAAUUUUUUUAAAGAGAGAAACUGCUGGUCAGUUUAUAGGUGGCACUGCUGGGGAGCCUUCCUUUAAAAAGCAAGAAAUCAUGGUAUUUAGGAAAAAAUCUAAAAUAAACUAUUAUUUCUGGUAAAUGAUAUUUAUGUUUUAUGAAAUAAGGAGACAUGAAAAUUAUGUUGGACAAUGGGAAAGUAUCUUUUUUUUUACCUGCCUUAUUUGAAUACUUUUGAAACUUGAGCUUAAAAUCUAAUAACUUGUUUCCCUUCCCUUCCUGUACAAUCGUCUCCAUUUUUCAAGUGUAAGAUAAGGACUAAUGAUGACCUCUCAUAUAUUUUGAGUAAAAAUUAAAAUUGUUUUACAAGUCCA